AUAAUUUUUUGAAUUUUUUUAAACACGGCUUCAAUUCCAAUUUCAAUACUUUUUUGAAAUAGUGUAAAUAGUGAAAAGUCAAUAGGAUUAGACAUUAGACAAAGGCUAUCUAAGACCUCUUCUCCAUUGACAUAGGAUUGUGAAUUGAUGACAGUCAAGUGAAUUCAAUGACAUGUACCGACAACAACGACCGUGAUUUUUUUUCUUUUUUUUUCAGGAUUAUAUAUGUGCAACUUUGUAUGACUAUCAUUUUUGGGCAUGUUUUUACAAAUCAACAGGAAGCAUUUCUUUAAUUCGCUCAGACGAGUUUUUUUCGACGUAUCCGGCCGUUAUUACAAUGUAUAAGGACGGACUCAGGCCUAAAAUGACAGAUGGUUGCUCGACAUUGGGGUGUGAACACUUUUGUGUAAAUCUCCAACCCAGUGGUAAAUGUAUGUGUAAGGAGGGAUACACACUGAAUACAGACGGAUUGCACUGCACAGAAAACCACCCACUUUACAGUAAAGCAAUUGUGGUUUCCAAUGCCACCAACAUAUGUAUGCUGAGUUUCCGUUCAGUAACUAACCACAGUGAUCCUCUUCGUUGUGUUGGUAACGUUGUACAAGGUUGUCAGCUUCUGUCUGUGUCGACACCAGUAACAAACUUAUCUACUACGUGGACACGACAUCAAACUUCAUCAGAGAAUACAACACAGCUACAGACGGAAACCGACAAAUUACAACAGUGGGGACAGUGUCGGGGAUGGUGUUUGACUGGAUAGAUAGAAACCUAUAUUGGUCAGAAACCACAGGCAAGGUGAAAUACGUCACCAUAGCAACUUCAUUUGCGAAGGAGCUGGUACAAGUCUCUUCACCUCCUUCUCACAUAACAAUUGAUCCACAUAACAGGACACUUUUCUGGGUGGAGGGGACGAGUGGAUUUGAAAUGAAAAUUGUAGCAAUGUCCCUGGUCAGUAACGUGAAAUCUGUCAUACUGACUCACCCAUCACCUGCCUAUAUAAAGGACAUAUUCUUUGAUGUCUCCAGUGACAGAGUGUACUUUGUUCAGUUUGAUAAGCUAUCCAGUAUAGAACGAAAUGGCAGCGGAAUACAUCAUUACUUUAGUGGCCUCCGCGAUUUGGAUCGCCUGGUAAUCUACAAGAGAUACGCGAUCUGGUCUACAACUACGGGACCAAACGUCUACUCCGUAGCUCUACAGCAGAUUUCUCUACAAAUGGCCAAUUUGACGAAUAAAUUUGGAGUGAUAUCUGGAUUGGCAGUUUAUGACAAAUCACUUCAAAGACUCACAAAAGGUCCAUGCUCUCAUUUGAAUGGUGGAUGUGAACAACUUUGCAUGACUGGUAUAAGUGGACGUGCUGUGUGCUCAUGCUCAUACGGAUUGACUCUUCAAAAUGAUGGCAGAAGCUGUAGCAGUGUACCACAAUCCUCUCAAUUCCUUUUGGUAACCGACAUCAAUCAUGGUAGAUUGGUUCAAAUAUCUACAAUUAAUGCACGCAUCACAACACUGGACAUCAAUGCCGCUGGGAGACCGAUUGAUGCCCUUGUAGAUUUAGCAACAUCAUUUGUUUAUUGGACCGAUCUAAAAGAUGACAGCAUUAUGAAGUCUACACUGAACGGAAGACAUAUAGAAACAGUUUAUGUAGCAUCAGGUGCAGAGUCUUACCUUAAUUCCUUAGCCAUGGACCAAUCAAACGGUAACCUUUAUUUUUCCGUGACGGGUGAAACAGGCACGACAUCCCCUGGUAGUGUUGGUGUACUUAGACCUUCUACAGGAUUGGCUAAAACUUUGGUGACAGACUUGAGUCAUGUAGAAGGAUUAGUCCUAUAUCCAUCAAAGGGGUUGAUGUUCUACACACACGAUGAUGACGAUGAUGAUGCUGAUUCUUUCACACGCAUCAUCCGAGCUUCAAUGGACGGAACGUCUCCAAGUGUCAUAAUAUCCCUUGAUCCAGAGGACUUUUUCACAGACCUUGCUAUUGACUACACAUCUGACCGACUGUACUGGUCAUCUAUGAAGGGAGGCGUAGAAUCCAGCAGUCUGUCAGGGUCUGUACGGACUAAAUAUACCACACCCACUAACCGAAUACGGUCUAUAGCUAUAGCUGGAGAUUACCUGUACUUUACAUCCGAUGGGAAACACAAAAUCAUUAAGAUGCAGAAUGAAAAUGAAGUUACUUUUAUGACUGACAACGCCGAAUUAGGAUUUCUGCUGAACAUGCAUGUUUAUCCAGGGCAAUCACAGCCAGCGAGUUCCGUGUGUGCGAGUAACAAUGGAGGAUGUAGUACCUUUUGUCUGCCAAAAUCAUCACCUUCGUCCUCAUACUGCGCAUGUCAGGAUGGUGUAGAUCUCAAGUCAGACGAUCCAUUUACGUGUGAAGGAGUUACACGAUGUCCGUCAGCCAUACCUAAUGGAAUGUUAAAAGAUCCGUGCACACGUAACGCUGCUGAAGUGUGUACAUUCCAGUGUGAUUCAGGCUAUAGCAGUACAAUAGAGUCUGACACAUUGACGUGUGGACAGGAUGGACAGUGGAGUGAUAAUCCUCAAGUGUUCUGUCAAGCUGAAUCGAACACUCUCGGCAGUCAAGAUAAUCAGCAGACAAUGAUAUGCAUAGGAGCAGGACUUGCUGUACUGGUCAUCGUAUCGGUCACAAUAGUAGCGAUAGUAUGUGUUGUAAUGAAAAGAAGGCGACUGAUUCAAGAUCAACACAGACCAAGGAGUGAGCCGAACGUAUAUUAUACACCUAAUCAACAAGUGCUUCCCCAACAAGGGAAUUUAGCUAUGGGAAAUUGUAAAUCAAGGCAUGUAUGAUGUAACAUACCCGACACAACAGAAAAGUCCUCCUUCUAUGGCAGUUCCAACUCCGCCAUACUCAGUGAGGCCAGACUCCACGUAUGAUACCAUAUCACCAAGCAGUAUCAACACUGACCCGCCUCCUUACGAGGAGCCAAUACCGAUCCAGCAUGGUCCGUCAGUGAGAUCGGACACAUGGAUUGUCUCUGUGCCAAGUGGAGACUCCGAUUACAUGACAUUAAUUCGCACAAAUUCGAACAAUGAGUGAAACAACUGAUUCUAAAAGGAAUUGAAAUAUCAGAGAAGUAUAUGUUUGAACGGUGAGAGUGCAGUGCAUUGCACUGUUAUAUACAGGCGAUGCAUAUAGAGAAAAAUGUUGAAUACAUUUUUUCUGUGUUGGUAGCUACGUUCAGACACCAAAGAACACAAGAAAAUUCACUAAUAUUUCAGUAUUUUUUCUAAAAACAACAAAAUAGCAUGUAUUAUCAUGUCAUCUGUUUAGAUUAUUUUUUGCUUGUUUAAAGUAUUAUAUUUAUGGUGAUCUCGAAGUUCUGUAGUUUGUCAUUGAACAGAUACGUGUAGGAGUUACGUCACAUUAUUAUAUCUAUGUUUAUAAUUCAAUACUUUAUUUCACGUAGGAAUUCUUAUCACUAACGCUUUUAUACAAUGUAAACAGCUUGGUACAUAAUUGUUUAAUAUUGUGUUAAUUUUCGGUAAAGUCACAACGAGCCUUAAAGCGACAAUAUCUGUAGAUUUGAUACUCAUUAAAGCGACAAUAUAUGUAGAUUUCAUACUCAUUAUACGGUGAUUUUCUCUUAUAAAUAGUGAAAAUGGGUUAAAUAUAUUAAUACACGGGCCUAUACUGUAAAAAUGUUCCAAACAUAUUUGUUCACGAUUGUUAAACAAUGUUUAUCUCGGUUGAUGUUUGUAAAUAAUGUUACACGGAGAAAGCUGACUGGAGACACGAGGUUCGAGUGGCAGUCUACCCAGCGUCUGCUGACGAGCGGAUAACAUGCAUUCUAGAAGGACCUAUAUAUACAGAAUUGUAUUGUUACUGUUUAGCACUGAUUGGUGUUUCUACAAAAUACGGUUGCGGACACUUUAGUUAUUUCAUUAUUUAGGAAAGUCUUAGUUAUAUACAUAUAUAUAUAUAUUUAAAUAUUACGCCUGAGAACAUUUUCCAGUAGUGAUUUUACAGUUAUAAUCGUUGUAAAUACAUCAUAUUUUUAUAUAACUGAAGGACAGCGCACUUUGUGUAGUUGCACUUCUCCUUUUACGUGACAAAAGACUGUCUAGUGUCAUCUUAUACAUUACACCUUUCAUUCAGGUAAUUAGAUCAUAACUUAUGAUGAAAGUUAUGUUAUGGUAUCGACGACAUCAGAAUAACGACAUAGUAACCAAACCAUAAUUCAAACCCAAUAUUGAUUAAACGAGGCAAAAUGAAAACACAAAUAUAGAUUUGCACGGAGAUUUCUGAAAAAAAACUACAAGGAUAAUAAGACUAGGUGUUCUGGAAGAGUCAGCGUCCCCGCCUUCCGCCAUACAAAUAUGGGUCAAAUCCGGAUUAAGUCACAUGAGAGUAAGGGUGGUGGCAACGCAACCACUAGUUAAAUAUCAGUGAAUGAUGAUGAUGAUGAUGACGAUGAUGAUGAUGAUGAUGAUGAUGAUGAUAGUUAUAUCUAUGAUUAAUUCCCUUACACUGAUAUUUUAGUAUAGUAAUAUUCAAUCUCAUUCCAUAAUCUUCCUUUCUAAAUUUAAUUUUAGAUCACCUACUUCAUUGUCCCAUUUUAAUUCACACUAUAUUAGUGUAUAUUCUGUCAAUUUUUACCUUUUGCUAUAUUAGCAUUGUAUGUAUAUUCGACUCCUAGUGCUUUAAUCAUGCCCUUCAGCAACACUUGUGUGAUAUACAAGCGUUCAUUUUUAAAUCAUAUUUAAGCUGUGAUGAUAAUUAUAUAUUUAUUACAUUGUUAUAUCAUAUCGUUAUUUUAAACUAUGCCAUGCUUGUGUAAAUAUAUUU